UCCAGAAGAGUACCAAAAGGGAUGACAACAACAUUAGCACACAUUUCAGUUUGGCAUCAUUACUGCACAUUAAAGCAACACUAUUGAGCUGUUUGCGUUUUAGCUGUUAAUAAACAAAACUGCAUGCGUCUUGCGGAAGAAUAUUGUAGCCGGAGCUACUUCUCUGUUUCUGUACAUUAUGAGUCACGCAGGUACUAGGCUGCUCUGUAGCGGUGCAGACAUGACCAGUCUAAAAUAGUCUGAAAAUAAACACUUAUAGGUGUACCGUAGUGAUUCAGAACAUAGUUUGGAAAAUUGAUUCAUGAUGUACUUGCUAUUAUAUCAUUUUUUGUAAAAUUUGAACACAAAAAUGUACAUAGUGCAGCUUUAAAGCAUGAGUGAUGUUUUGGCUGUGAUGACUGUUUUGUGAGUCGGCAUGAAACAGAAGUUCGAUUGUCUUUCCUUCCAUGUUGUGAUGCAUAUCCAAGUGAAAUGGCUUCUCAAACAAGAAAAAAAUGAAGGUCAGGCAUUGAUUUUAGGAACUGACUGGAUCGUUGUGGUUUGCAAUUGCUGCAAUCUCAUGUGAGUGAUUGAGGUUGUCAUGAGUUUGUUCCGCCUUUGCGCCAAAAACAUCAUCAGAAAAUAAAAGAGAUGUUGCUGCAAGAGGGAGGGGAAGUUAUUUAGAUUAAAGAUUAUGAGGGAAAUAUGGAAAUACUAUUGCAGAUUUUUUCUUUAGCUAUUAGAGCAAAUGCAAAAAAUAUAUAUAUUUGAUAUAUUUAAUCUCCCAUUCACUGCUAUACUUAUAAGUUUACCCAACUAUGACAACUUCCGCUUCUGAGAACCACGGAAAUGUGAAAAGGGUCCAUUUAAAAAAAAAAAAAGAUCAACCAUUCAUUAUAAACACUGCCAUAUUACAUAAAAAAAGAAUUGUCACUUUAACAUUUUAAUCUUUUAAAUGUGCAGAUUUUCCCUAAAAAUAUGGGUAUACUAAUGUAUCACUCAUAUGCCACAUCCACAAAACCAAAAAAUAUAUAUAUAUUAGAAGAAUUGGAUGGUGAAAAUAAAACCAAAAAAAAAGCACAUUACUUCACAACAGGCAAGAUUUAAAAGUCAAAAACAAGGAAAGCAGGGCUGUUUGAGAUGCAGCUCUCAGGUGGAUUUGAUCAUUUCUGAAAGGCAUAUUCUCAGAUUUUCAUGAUUCUUCAGGUUCUGAUAUGUGUCCAUUGGGUCAGUUUCCGUGUGGGAAUCUGUCGGUGUGUUUGCCUCAACCUCAGCACUGCAACGGGCAGCAGGACUGUCCUAAUGGAGCGGAUGAAGAGAACUGCGUGGAUAACAGUGGUUGGCCCCAUCUGUUUGAUGCAUUCAUGAAAACAAGGGUCCAGGAGUCUAAAGAGUGCAUGUUAGAUGUCUAUCCAGAUGUGUGUCAUUGUGAGGGUCGGAAGGUGAACUGUAAUGGCAAAAACCUCCUACAUGUACCUGCUGUGUCGUCUAAUGUAACUGCACUAGAGCUGAACAGUAACAGAAUUGAAUCUCUCUCUCGUGAUAUGUUCAUCCGCUAUAGACACCUGGAGAGACUACAUUUGGAAAGUAACAGUAUAGAAAUGAUCUCCAAGAGGGCGUUUUCAGGACUGAUCUCUUUGCGUAAACUUUUUUUGAGUCAAAAUAGGAUUGCGUCUCUAAAAGCAGGAAUAUUUGGUGACCUCAGCAGUCUGGAGUGGUUGAUUCUGGAUGAGAACAGAAUAUCUUCUCUGCGUCAAAAGUCUUUUGAAGGCCUGAAAUCAUUAUUUUUCCUGUCUUUAUUAAAUAACUCUGUUGAACAGUUUCCUAAAACUUCAAUUUGCCUUGAGAUGCCCCGUCUGAACUGGUUGGAAAUGGAGGGAAAUAGAAUUUCAUCUCUCUGGGCAUCAAGUUUUAAGAACUGCUCCUCUCUCACCGUCUUAGCAUUGAGGAGAAACCACAUCAGCACCAUUGAAGAGGGAACAUUUGCAGACAUGCAAAGAUUGAUAGACCUAGACGUGUCUGUGAACCAGAUUAAAGACCUGCCUCCAUCUCUGUUCCAGAACCUCCAGAACCUCAAACAGCUGAAUAUCUCCAACAAUCCCCUGGAACACAUAUACAGCAAUCAAUUUGACAGUUUGGUGAAUCUGCAGUCACUGAGUAUGGAAGAGGUGGAGAUUCCCAACAUCAGUAUCAGGAUGUUCCGGCCCCUAACUAACCUCACUCACAUUUAUUUUAAGCGUUUUGAAUUCUGUGGAUAUUCUCCUAAUGUGCGGAGCUGCAAGCCAAACACAGACGGAAUCUCAUCCUUUGAGAAUCUGCUCGCAAACAUCAUUCUGCGCGUGUUUGUCUGGGUCGUCGCCUUCAUCAUUUGCUUCGGAAACAUCUUCGUCAUCUGUCUGCGGUCCUGUAUUGCUUCAGAAAAUCAACAUCACACCAUGGCCAUCAAAUCCCUCUGCUGUGCAGACUGUCUCAUGGGCGUGUAUCUGCUUUUCAUCGGUGCCUUUGAUAUCAAGUAUUGCGGCGAGUACAACCGCCAUGCUCAGAUAUGGAUGGAGAGCCUGUCCUGCCAGCUGAUUGGCGCUCUGGCCAUGUUGUCCACAGAGGUAUCCGUCAUGAUGUUGACCUACAUGACAAUAGAGAAGUACCUGUGCAUCGUCUUCCCAUUCCAGCAUUACCGUGCUGGACGAAAACAGACCCUCUGCUCACUGACCUUCAUCUGGCUGCUAGGAUUUAUCAUUGCCGUUAUUCCCUUCUGGGAUAAACAGACAUUUGGGAAUUUUUAUGGGCGGAACGGAGUGUGUUUCCCACUUCAUUCAGACCAGACAGAGAAACCUGGUGCCAGAUGCUAUUCUACAGCCAUCUUUCUCGGUCUGAAUCUGCUGGCUUUCGUGAUGAUCGUAUUCUCCUACUCCAGUAUGUUCUACUCUGUCCAGAAAACGGCGAAGACAGCGCGGCAGACGGUAUUUGAUCGGGAAGUCACUAUUGCAAAGCGAUUUUUCUUCAUUGUGUUUACUGAUGCCAUGUGCUGGAUCCCCAUCUUCCUCUUGAAGAUACUAUCACUGCUAAGAGUACACAUUGCAGGUACCAUCAUUCUGUGGGUGGUGAUUUUUAUCCUUCCAAUAAACAGCGCCCUGAACCCCAUUCUGUACACUAUCACAACCAGCGCUUUUCAGCAGAGACUCAAACAGUGUCUGAAAUAUCGCUGCCAGCAGACUAACUGACACAAACACACACUAGUAUGCAUAAACACAUGCUCUGAGAUUAAUAUUCCAUGUGGAAUAAAAUGUUAAUAGAUGACAGGAUAAUGACACACACACACACACACACACACACACACACACACACACACACACACACACACUGCUCUCAUCUUCAGCACAAGCUAAUAAGGCUUAUUAUAGCCUGCAGGGGAGAAUAAAUGAGAGCAAACACGACCACAUUAACCAGCAGACCAUCAUAAACAAUAUAUACUUAUGCAAUUAAUAUGUAAUACCAAGCCUUAUUUGAAAAACAACAAAAAUUACACGCAAACCUAAGAAACUUCAGUACUGCCAUAUAGACCUGGAGCAGUGCAUGCGUACGCAGGGAGAGCCAAACUCUGCGGCUGUCAGAGAAACAGGCAGGAAGCGGUUCAGGACGGACCCGGUGGGCUGAGGAUUGGAACCCUUCCGACUGAUUUAAUUGAAUUUUUGUUUGCUUGUGUGAAUGUGUAUGGAAAACAAAGAGGCAAAGAUGGCAGUUGCAUACUGUCAGGAUAGAAAAUGUCAAGACCUAAAACAUAUAUGUGGAGAGAAUUCACAAUGAAAGAUCACUCUAAAUCCAAUCACAGCACUUAAUCCAUGAAAAAGACAAAGAAUUAUUAUGGUGUUCACGUUGGUAUGUCAAAUGACAAAUUUGUUCCAGAUUGCUGUUAUUAAGAUUACAUGACUUUUAUUGUGUGAGUCUAUUAUUUAUGAAACUCACGGCUUUCAUUUGUCUGCUGUAAUUUGUCAGUUGUCUAAAAUAUGUAAAAUGAAUGUAAAACUCAAAUAACUGCAAUGAAUAAAUUAUAAUUAUUUCAUUAUAUUUCAUUACACACCUGUUUGGCAGCACUAACUCCUUUUCCUUUGCUCUGGCA